UCCAAUUUCUCACUGUUGUAAAUGUUUCUUUCAAAAAACCAGCCAUGGCGCCAUCGGCCGAACGCCAAAGCUGCAGUCUCGUUUCUUUCUUAUUUCCCGGCUCAACCUGAAAUCACAGCAGCAGCAGAAGAAGCAGCGCGAAGCAGUGAUAUAGAACUCAUCGGCACAACCAACACAGACCACUGGACGAGACGCAUCCACAAGCUAUGCACCGAAAACCGCGACGCCGACGCCGCUCUCCGCCUCCUCCACCGCCUCCGCCUCCGCGGAUUCCGGCCCGACUCCCUCAACAUCAGCAGCAUCGUCCACGCUCUCUGCCAUGCCAACCGUUUCCCCGAAGCCCACCGCCGCUUCCUCGCCUUCGUUUCCUCCCACUGCGUCCCCGACGAGCGCACGUGCAACGUUCUCAUCGCGCGCUUGCUUGACGGACGUGACCCUUCUUCUACACUACAAUUGAUAAAUGCGUUGGUAUCCGAGAAGCCUGAGUUUGUGCCUUCUUUGAUGAACUACAAUCGUUUGGUUGAUGGAUUCUGUAAGCUGGGGAGAUUGGAAGCAGCCCAUUUGAUGUUGUAUCACAUGAUAAGGAAGGGGCAUCGUCCCAAUGUUGUUUCUUAUACUACUUUGAUCAGUGGGUAUUGUUCGAUUGGGGAUGUUGAUGCUGCUGAAAAGGUGUUUGAUGAAAUGCCCGACUGGGGAGUGCAUUCGAAUGCGCUUACUUACAGUGCUCUAGUUCGUGGGGUUUUAAGAAAAAGGGACCUCGAAAAGGGGAAAAGACUAAUCGGAAAACUUUGGGAGGUUAUUGGAAGUGGGGCGGAUGUGCAAGUUAACAGCGCGGCUUUUUGCAGCGUAAUCGAUACUCUAUGUAGAGAAGGGUUAUUUCACGAAGUGUUCAAGAUCGCCGAAGAUAUGCCACAGGGAAAGAAUGUUCUUGAAGAAUUCGCGUACGGACAAAUGAUCGAUUCGCUGUGUAGGUUCGAGAUGUACAACGGUGCUGCGCGGGUUGUUUAUAUGAUGAAAAAGAGAGGAUUUAAACCAAGCUUGGUUUCGUAUAAUUCAAUUGUACACGGUCUAUGUAUGGAUGGCGAUAUCUUAAGGGCGUACCAGUUGUUGGAAGAAGGUAUGCAGCUCGGAUACUCACCCUCGGAAUUUACUUUUACAGUGAUGGUUGAGGGUCUUUGUCGCGAAUUCGAUCUAGCUAAAGCAAAAGAUGUUCUAAAUGUCAUGUUGAGUAAGGAAGGUGUGGAAAGGACGAGAAUAUACAAUAUUUAUUUGAGGGCUCUUUGUUAUAUGAAUAACCCUACCGAGCUUCUAAAUGUGCUCGUUUUAAUGUUUCAGUCGCAGUGCCAACCGGAUAUUAUUACUCUCAAUACUUUAAUAAAGGGAUUCUGCAAAAUGGGGACCGUCGAAGAGGCUCUGCGGGUAUUUGAUGAUAUGAUUGAGGGGAAAUUUUGUGCUCCAGAUGAAGUAACUUUCACUACUAUUAUUCACGGUUUCCUGAGUGUUGGGAAGGCUAAAGAAUCUUUGAAUUUCAUGCGUAACGUUAUGCUCGAGAGAGGUUUUUCACCUGGUGUUGUGACUUAUAAUACCGUAAUUCGUGGGUUGUUUAAACUUGGCCUUACGGAUGAAGCUAUGGAGGUUUUUAAUAAAAUGGUCUGUAGUGGUGUAAGUGCUGAUUGCAUAACGUACACAGCUGUGAUCGAGGGGUUUUGCGAAUCUAAUUUAAUAAACGAAGCGAAGAAGUUUUGGGAAAAUGUCGUUUGGCCCUCUAAAGUUCAUGACAGUUUUGUUUAUUCCGCCAUGCUUAAAGGGCUUUGCCGCUCGGAAAAAUUCGAUGAAGCAUGUCAUUUACUCUAUGAGCUGGCGGAUUGUGGGGUUGUUCCGAAUACUGUAAAUUACAAUAUCGUCCUUGACUAUGCUUGUAAGUUGGGAUUGAAGAAGGAAGCUUACCAGAUUACUAGUGAAAUGAGAAACAAUGGUUUGAUGCCGGAUGCUGUAACGUGGAGAAUAUUGGAUAAAUUGCAUGGUACUGUAGGAAAGCAAGAUUUUGGGGGUCAAAAUGGUCAUUCGAUAGAGUCGGCAUUUGUUAAUAAAUAAGCACAAGAAGGAAGUAAUAUUAUCCCG